GCGAUCGGGACGCGGCGGCCGCAGCGGGGACGAGGACCCAGGCGCUAGCGGAGGACGACGAGCCGCGCGGCCCCGGCCCGUGGAGACAUGAGCGCGCGGCCGCCCGCCGCACCCCAGGCGCAGUGGCCCGGCCCCGCCGCCCCGUGAUGGGAUCCUGCGUGUCGCGAGAUCUGUUCCCAAGUGCCCACAAAGACUGCCCCAGGCCCCAGGGCACAGACCUCCUGAGUCGGGACCUGCCCUCCAGCCACCUACCUACCAUUGUUCCAGACCAUGUCGCUGGCAAGGACAAGCAGAUGGAUUUCUGUUGGGAUCCAUGGCAGAGAUGCUUCCAGACCACCAACGGCUACAUAUCCGACUCUAGAGCCUGCCCCAGCAACUACAGUGUGGCAGCCCUGGCCACCUCAUCCCUUGUGGGGGUGGUACAGAGCAUCAAGGACCACAUCACAAAGCCCACGGCCAUGGCCCGUGGCCGAGUGGCCCACCUCAUUGAGUGGAAAGGCUGGAGUGCCCAGCAGUCAGGCUGGGAACUGUCCCCAACAGAGGACGAACAUUACUGCUGUCUCCCAGAUGAGCUGCGGGAGGCACGCUUUGCUGCAGGUGUUGCUGAGCAGUUUGCCAUCACGGAGGCCACUCUGAGUGCCUGGUCCUCUCUGGAUGACGAAGAACUGCAACCAGAGGACAGUACCCAGGGUGCCUUCCAGCUCCAAGACCUAGAGAGCGUCUACCUUCAGGACAGCCUCCUGAGUGGCCCUUCACAGGACGACAGCCUCCUCGCCUGCUCCCCUGGCCUCACCCUUGAUGAUGGCUGGCCCUCACCAGAGGAGCCCCCCAGCCCCACCCAGCAGCACCGGCAGCGGCUGCCAGGGGCCCGGGGGCCUGAUGGCGGAGGCCACCUGCACGGCUCCCUGCCGUCAGUGGACAGUGGCUCUCUCUCAGAUGAAGAGGAUGACGUGUUCUACAACUGAGGCAAGCUGGCCAGCCCAGCGUCUGCGGACCCUGCUGUUGGGAG